UUCUUCCUUCUUCUUCUUCUUCUCUUGCGCUCCAGCCAGUGAUAUGACGGCCUCCCUUUUUUUCGUUUACCUUCCAUCCUCUCCCCUCCACCAGCUGUGACGGCGACGGAGACAGUGAACAGCGGUAGCUUUGGUUUCCUCUCGCGACGAGAUUUUGUCGUCAGAGGACGACGGUGGAGAAUCUAUUCGUCCCUUCUCAGGCUAACGACGUCCGCGACCUCCAUUUUGAGCCAUUUUCUUCCGUAAUUUUUGUUUCUCUUAGUCACCGUAGCUUCUCAGCCAUUGUUUCCUCUCUCGGAAGGUUCAUUGACUCUUGGAACCAAUUAGGAUCAGUGAAUCAAAGCUAGUGUCAUGGCUGAAGCUGGGUAUUGGUAUGUCCUUGGUGCUGAUCAACAGCAACUCGGACCUUAUACGUCGUCUGAACUGCAACAGCAUUUCUUAAGUGGCUACCUCCUAGAAAGUACACUUGUAUGGUCUGAAGGAAGAAGUGAAUGGCAGUCCUUAUCCUCAGUCCCUGAGUUGAUGUCAUCAAUUUCUCAGCAAGCAUCCGCCAAUAGUGCCAGUAUAGUGGAGACACAAGAUGAUGUCCCAGUGGUACAAUCAGUAUCAGAGCCUCUUGGUUUUAAAGAUGUAAAUCAUGGCAACACAGAACAGCAAGGCCCCCGUUCUACUGUCCUCUCCAAUGUUGAUGAGGAUGAAUUCGAGAAAUGGAAAAGAGAGGUCACUGAGGCUGAGGUAGUGGCAGAACAGUUGAUAAACGGAUCUGAACCAAGUACUGUUGGGACUGAUCAUGAUGCAGUUGCAUCAUCACCUCCAGAGGGUGAAGAAGAGUUCACAGAUGAUGAUGGGACAACAUACAAGUGGGAUAGAAGUCUCAGAGUGUGGGUUCCUCAGGAGAAUAUAACGGGCACAAUUGAGCCAUACAAGCCGGAAGACAUGACUUUCGCAAAGGAAGAGGAAGUCUUUCCAAUUCUGAAUGUUGGUGAUGCAUUGCUAGGAGGAAAGGCCAGGGAUGUUGAUGAGACAUUGGAAUCAAACCAUAAUGGAAAAAGGAAACUGCCAGAAAAACAAGCAGAUGCGAAAGAUAAGCUCUCUGACAAGAAGGAACCCAAUCAACCACCUGAUAGUUGGUUUGAAUUGAAAGUCAAUACUCAUGUUUACAUCACUGGGUUGCCUGAUGAUGUCACUGCUGAAGAAGUGGCUGAGGUAUUUACCAAGUGUGGGAUAAUCAAGGAGGAUCCGGAGACAAAGAAGCCUCGUAUAAAAAUAUACUUCGAUAAAGAGACAGGAAGAGUAAAAGGAGAUGCAUUAGUGACAUACUUAAAGGAACCCUCGGUUGACCUUGCUAUUCAAAUAUUAGAUGGGACACCAUUACGUCCCACUGGCACGACCCCUAUGUCUGUCAGCAAAGCAAAGUUUCAGCAGAAGGGGGAUAAAUUUAUAUCCAAAAAAACGGAUGGAAACAAGAAGAAGAAAUCAAAGAAGGUAGAGGACAAGAUGCUUGGAUGGGGAGGACGUGAUGAUGCCAAGAUCUGCAUCCCGUCUACAGUUGUUCUGCGCUACAUGUUUUCUCCUGCUGAGAUGAGGGCUGAUGAAAAUCUGUGUUCUGAGCUAGAAGAGGAUGUUAAAGAGGAAUGCCUAAAACUAGGUCCGAUUGAUUUUGUCAAGGUCUGUGUAAAUCACCCUCAGGGGGUUGUAUUGGUCAGAUUUAAGGAUAGGAAGGAUGCUCAAAAGUGCAUAGAAACAAUGAACGGUCGAUGGUUUGGCGGUCGACAGGUACAUGCAAGUGAGGAUGACGGAGUGGUUAAUCAUACUACGGUACGCGAUUACGAUGCUGAUGCCCAACGGUUGGAGCAGUUUGGCGCCGAGCUGGAAGCAGACUGAAAUGUUCGCACCUCUAGCGGCAACUGACGUGAGAGAAGUUCAUCCACUAAACCUCUUUAGGCAAACGCAGCACGGUGUAAAUCAUUGGUGUUUUGUCGAGCUAAUGGUGUAGACAUAUGUAGUUCAUAGCCUUCCUCGGAUGUUCUCUUAGUUGUCAACAACGUGCUUACUCCAUCCAAAGACCUGACAAUCAAUGGCUUCGCAUCGAAGCAACCUACUAUAUUUUCGACUGUACAUGAAGUUUUGAAUGUCUUGCCUCAGGAAGUUACGAACGUGCUUAAUGUCAUCGUAUGUACCUCGAAGGGUUAAAGGAAUGGAAUCGAAUUCCCAUCCUUUUAUGAUGGACGAUUUUGGUGAAUGUGUCU